AUGACAGAGAAAGAAGUGCCAGAGUCGCCAGCUUCACCUCUUUCAGGUGGGAAACCCAAGAGCCGGCUACAGAAGCUGAAGCAACUUUUCCAGCGAAAGCCCAAGGAGGAGACGGAGCCAGAGCCGCAGCCCAAUGGGGAGCUGGUCAGCCCCUCAGGGGGACCCAUCUACUACAUCUAUGAAGAGGAGGAAGAGGAGGAAGAGGAGGAGGAGCCUGAGCCCCCUCCUGAGCCCCAGAAACUUGUCAAUGACAAACCCCACAAGUUCAAAGAUCAUUACUUCAAAAAGCCCAAGUUCUGUGAUGUUUGUGCCCGCAUGAUUGUCCUCAACAACAAAUUUGGCCUGAGAUGCAAGAACUGCAAAACCAACAUCCACCAGCACUGCCAGUCCUAUGUGGAGAUGCAACGCUGCUUUGGCAAAAUCCCCCCAGGGUUUCGCCGGGCAUACAGCUCACCCCUCUACAGUGACCAGCAAUACGCCUGUGUCAAGGAGCUGCUCUCAGCAGCCAACAGGAGCGACCCGGUGUUCGAGACCCUGCGGACAGGUGUCAUUAUGGCCAACAAGGAGCGCAAGAAAGGGCAGGAUGACAAGAAGAACCCUUUGGCUGCUAUGAUGGAUGAGGAACCAGAGGCCACGAAACCAGAAAAGGGCAAAACCGAGGGCGGCACCUCUGAAGGGGACAAGAAGACUGAGAAGAGCCCAACAGAUGACAAGAACAAGAAGCCACAGCCAGGCAUUCGUGGUGGCUAUCUGCAGUCUCACUAUUUUGUGGCACUUUAUCGCUUCAAAGCCCUGGAGAAAGAUGAUCUGGAUUUCCCGCCAGGGGAGAAGAUCACGGUGGUCGAUGACUCCAACGAGGAGUGGUGGCGGGGGAAGAUCGGUGAAAAAAUUGGCUACUUCCCUCCAAACUUCAUCAUCCGGGUGCGGGCAGGCGAGCGAGUACACAAAGUGACACGCUCUUUUGUGGGCAACCGGGAGAUCGGGCAGAUCACCCUCAAGAAAGAUCAGAUCGUGGUGCAGAAGGGUGAGGAGGUGAAUGGUUACGUGAAAGUCUACACCGGCCGCAAAGUGGGGCUCUUCCCCGUGGACUUCCUCCAGGAGAUCUGA